CACAUGUAAAGAGUGCAGCAAGCAGUUUCGAAGCUAUCAGUCUCUGACGAUGCACAUGUAUACCCACACAGGGGAGAAACCCUAUACGUGUGAGGAGUGUAGCAAGCAGUUCAGUCAUCUGUCUUAUCUGCAAACCCACAUGCGCACUCACACGGGGGAGAAACCAUACAUGUGUGAGGAGUGCGGCAAGCAGGUCAGUUCACAAACUGUCCUGAAGAAACACAUGUACACUCACACAGGGGAGAAGCCAUACAUGUGUGGAGAGUGCAGCAAGCAGUUCCGACACUUGGGCCAAUUGAAGGGCCAUAUGCGUACGCACACAGGAGAGAAACCUUACAGAUGUGAGAAGUGCAACAAGCGGUUCACUGGGCCAGGUAAUCUGAAGAAACACAUGCGCACUCACACAGGGGAGAAACCUUACAGUUGUCAGGAGUGCAGCAAGCAGUUUAGCGAUUCAAGCAACCUCAAAGCUCACGUGCGAACACACACAGGAGAGAAGCUCUACAGGUGUGAGGAGUGCAACAAGCAGUUCAGUAGGUUGGAUACGCUGAAGGAACACCUGCGGACUCACAGCCUGCAAGUGUGAGUGCAGCAGACAGUUCAAUGCGACUAGACUUUUGAAGACUCGUAUACAUGCUAACACAAGUGAGAAACCGUACAAGUGGACGAUGAAGUGCAACAAGUGUUUGAACUUCGUGUGUAACUUUACGAGGCACUUAAUGACGCACACAAUGUAACAAUCACACUGCCACGAUGGAAGCAGUCAUCAGUUUUUCUAGGCUUUUUUAAUUUUGCCUAUAAUUACAAAGAGUGCAUAGCAGAUGAACACGUGACAGGGUUCUGGGAAAAAAUCGUCAAAAAGAGAAAGUUGAGGGACUAGGUCUGAUAUCUCACAUCUUAGAAUACUUGCACAUGUGGACGGUUUUGGGUAGUAAGCGGAGAAAAGGCACUGACUCAGAACCCUUUACGCGUGAGAUUUUUUUAAUUCAAUGUUGAAUUUCAGUUCGUAUUCCCAUUUGACGGUUUGGCAUGGAAGCCUCUGUAAUGUUUUAGGCAUCAAUAAUAGCUUGCAGUAAUCAUAAUAGUGACAAUGACUGUUUAGUAUAUACUGUGUGUUUGUCAGUACUGUAGUUGAAUAGUGAGUUAAGUUUGGAAAUUCGUCUAGCGUUGAUUGGUUCUGCUUCUAUUGUAUUAUUGUUGAGCAUAUGGUUUUCGUAACACAUAACACUAGCAUCCUCCUACGCACGGUCCC